CAGGAUCGGGGAGGUCAGGCUGUUACCGUGGCUGUCGGUAAUCGGGGGAGGGGUGUGGACUCCUAAGCAGCCCUGGCCUCUGGCCCGUCGCUCUGCUUCCCACCCCAGCGCCCCGCGGAGCCCAGCAAGAAAGCAUUAGGGGCUUUGGAAUCAGAACCUGGCAGAAGAGCCCAAAGAGAUUGAGGAAGAAAGUACAUUGCUCUGGGUCAUGUUAGAAUAUUGAUCAGAAGAUCCUGAGGAGGAGAGGCUGGUACCAACCCAGGAUGUUGAGCCUAAAGCUGCCCAAGUUGUUCAGCAUAGAUCAAGUGCCCCAGGUGUUCCAUGAACGGGGCAUAAUUUUUGGCUAUCGGCAUCCUCAGAGUUCCGCCACUGCCUGCGUCCUCAGCCUUUUCCAAAUGACCAAUGAAACCCUCAACAUCUGGACACACUUGCUCCCCUCCUGGUACUUCAUGUGGAGGUUUAUGGAUACCCUGUACAUGGUUGAUUUCUGGAAUGACAGCUACUCCUGGCCUCUGCUUGUCUACCUAAGUACCAGCUUCAUAUACCCUUUUGCCUCCAGCUGUGCCCACACCUUCAGCUCCAUGUCCAAGAAUGCCAGACACAUAUGUUACUUCCUGGAUUAUGGUGCAGUCAAUCUCUUCAGCUUGGGUUCUGCCAUAGCCUACUCUGCAUACACAUUCCCUGCCACGUUGGUUCGUACCACCUUCCAUCACUACUUUGUGUCCCUGGCUGUGCUGAAUACCAUAUUGAGCAUCGGACUUUCCUGCUACUCCAGGUUUCUCGAAAUCCAGAAGCCCAAGCUCUGUAAGCUAUUACGUAUCCUGGCCUUUGCAUAUCCCUAUGCCUGGGACACUGUCCCCAUCAUUUGCAGGCUAUUCUCAUCAUCAGAAGAGAUUUCUGGGGAGGCUGCAAACCCCUAUCACCAGAAGCACACGGUUAUUGCCAUCUUGGCUUGUUUUCUCUAUGCUGCACACUUACCUGAGAGGCUUGCCCCUGGACUCUUUGACUACAUAGGUCACAGUCACCAGCUUUUUCAUGUGUGUGUCAUCUUAGCAACUCACUUACAGAUGGAAGCCAUAUUUCUGGACAUGACGUUGAGAAAAGACUGGCUUCUAGCUACUUCAAUACUUCCCUCUUUCUCUCAAACAGCUGGGGCAAUAUGUCUGUGCAUCAUCUUCACACUCCUUAAUAUCAUUUACUUCUCAGUUUCUCUGUAUCAGACUCCAGAGCCAGAAUUAUCAAAAAAAGAAACAUGAUCCAGCCUUAUGAGCUUUUUAAAUGUGUAGGAUAAUGCAAUUAUGUUUUAACUAUGUUACCACUGAAAAGUGGCACAGUACUUCUGAUAAAAUGCUAUGGUAUUCAUA